AUGAUAACAGGAGUACCAUGUGCUCCACCAUGCACACCUUCAGCUGGCGAGUAUUAAAUAAUAUUUAGUAUAAUAAUUCUACUAAACAGUGUACUAUCAAAAGUUCUCUAAUCUGAUUGGCUACUCCUUAUCUUUUAACAUAUGCAUUCCAAUUUUCAGUGCUUCUCCUCAGUAACAGUUAAUAUCAAAUGUGGCAAGAACGGAAAAGUGGCAUCUAUGGCACAGCUGAUUAUGAGUGUAUUACUACUUGUUCUGACUGCAUGCGAAUUAUAUUCACAUGACUCCAAUUCUAUAAUUUAAUCCAAACUAAAGCAAAUGAAUGAUAGUACAAUAGCAUGAGGAUAAAACUAAAAACAAAUCUUAAUUUUUGCAACUAAUUGAUCUGACAUUCAACCGGUCACUCAAUCAGUUAUUUAACCAUUCAAUUGGUUACCAAAUAAUCAAGUAAAUUUAGCUGGGUGCUGAUUUUUAAAACAAAAGUGUAAGUACCAAUGUCUGUAUUUACUCGGUUAAGCACCCCAUGCCCUUAUUAAUUCUUGGAUCCUGAAGGUGUGGGCUUAUUUGACCCUUGACACUUAUCCCACAGGAUGGACAUUUGAUUGAGGUUGGGCACUUAAUUAAUUUAAAAAUGGUGGUUGAAUCUUUUAUAAUCUAUUAGCAUCUGUUGUCUUGUUGUGUUUUAGAUGAACUAAAGAAAGUGGAAUAUAUUCCUUCACUGUCAGAUGUAAAGGUAAAUUUCUGUAUUAACUAACAGCAUUUUUUAAAUGCAUAUCAGCUAUAUUAAUUUAUAUUGCUAAAAAAGGUUGAAAAUAGUAAUCAUGGCAAAUGUACUUUCAAAGAUGUACAAUUGUUGGUCUUACAAGGUUGUCACUUCCAAUGUAAAUGUGGCUAGGUGCCUGUAAAAGACUGCAGUAUGAAGUGUUGCAAUCCAUCACAAAGUGACUAAAUUGUGAGACAAACAAUUUCACUUCAUUACAAAUUAUAUUGAAUAUUAGGUCAAAGUUGUCCAAUACCAGAACCCAUGUUAUAUGUUGUAGUUUUUUGAUGAAUGAACCCUUGUAUCUUUUUUUUUUGUUAUUCCAGAGUCAAAGAGUAGUUAAAACAAGACUGAUAACAAUAGGUAAGUGAACAACCACUUGAAUGACAGAUCAAUCAUGAAUGAGUUUCAAAAGAUGGGAAACAUGGUAACUGUUAUUUUAACCCAUUCAUUAUUAAAUUUCCUUUCUUUCUAUUGGAAACUUUUUAGAAAAUCAGAGACAGUUAUCAUGCAAUAACCCCUGUCUACAUCAAUAAUUGUCCUCUGAUUAUUUGCCUUGGAAAGAAGCCAAACCAGUGGAAAAAGUCAGCUCAAGAGUUUCAAUUUUUCAUGUUGUCCUUUGCUCUGGAAAGUACAAAAAAAAAUGUCAUUUAGAGAUUUGCUGUCAAUGUGCAAUAUGAAAAUUCAUGGGAAGUUAUAAAAUAAAUAAAAUUCCUUUUUGCCUGGUGGUAUUUUGGCUGAUGGUGUUCCUGGUUGAGAAAUUGUCUUCAAAAUUUCACAUUUGCACUCGUAACUUUGCUUCUGGGCAAACUAUUCAUUUCUCUGACAAUAUCUCAGCCAUGGACAUUACCAGCCAACAUACCAGCUGCCUAAUGGGGUUUAUCUACUUGUAAAUAAAUCAAAACUGAUUUUUAUUGGACGGUGUAUUCAUUUAAAGUUUGGCUUGAGUCUGGCUUGCAGCCACUGUUGAACGAUUCUUUUUGUAGAGAGCUCGUGUUUAGUGCCUUACAUAUUAUACUCUGUGUACAGUGUGCCCAUCAGCAAAAAACUGCUAGAUGUGCCCUUUAUAUCUGACACAUGCUCAUUUGUCAAAACUGUCUUUUUCUAAAAGUGUAUUUUUUGUUUUAGGAAAUAAACUGAGAGCUGAAGAACAAAAAAAGAAAGAGAAGGCUGCAAAAGAAGAGCAGAAAAGAGCUUAUGGUGCAAUUUUACAACUUAAACAAAGGCAGAGAGCUGAGGUACUGUUGCUGAAUAUUGAUUAAGAAGUAAACCUAUGCUAUGUAACAUAAAACAACGACACCAUACAUUAUAACUGCUGACCUUUCAUGGCCCAGAAAGUAUCCAUAACCUUUGUUGCUGUUUUAAGAACCUUAAUUUUAGAAUGCCAUAAUUUGGUGUGGGCUUCAUUCAACAUUUGAAGAAGUUUCAGAACAAUGGAUGGCUGCUUCAAUCUUGAUAUGAACUAUAGAAUAGAUAAAUUUAAAUAAAAUAUGUUGUCUUCCUCAUUUCCACAGAUUUAUGCCUUAAAUAAGGUGAUGACUGAACUAGAGAAUGAGAACUUCAGAAAAUUCAUGGAAGAACAUUCAGCAGAUACACUUCCUGUGUGAUGAUAAUAACAAACUAGACUCUCUCAAAUCAUGAGCCAACCUGCUCUCUACGUUAACUAACAAAAGAUAUUCUCACUUCAAGUUAUUAGUUUAAGUAAUGAAAAUUUUUAUGGUCAAUGUGGAUGGAAGAAAUAGAUAUGGCUAAACAUAAAAGCCUAAACUCCACAAUUUUUUACUUUGCAAAGAUAAAUACUGAAAAAAAUUAUAGAUAAUAAUGCUGUCUAUCAGACAAAGGAAAUACACAUUUUAGUAGCUCAAUAUUUAUUUUUUGGUUGAUAUUAUUUGAUGAUAUUGAUGAGACUGUUUUGUAAGUUUUUCCCUUUUUUUUAUUUAAUUAAGAUCUUACUAUUUACUACACUAUAACAAUAAGCAUGAUGAUAUUUUUCUAGGUAGUUGUAAAAAAGAUACUACUUCAACAGACAUGAUUGUCACAAUAGUAGUUAAUUUUACAAUUUUCAUGGGAUAACAUUUGCCUUUCAUUAUUUUUUAAUGAAAAUGUGUGCAAAUAUACUUAUUAUGUAAACAUCUGUGUUAACCCUUUAACUCCCAAGAUCUCAUUUGUAAUUCUUCUUACUGUUUGUCACACAGUUCUUGUAAUGUUAGUUAGGAGAAUUUGGUAUUGGAUUAAGUUAUAAUCCCCUUACUGAUAUUUUCUUUAUUCUCAUCACUUGUCUGCUUGAUAUUGUAUUGAUAUUGUAAGGAGAAAAUCUGUCUUGAACAAAAAGUACAUCAUCAAGAAGUUGAUGAAACUCACUUUCUUCUUAACCAACUCAUACACAAUCCAAACAGGUUUUUUUUUCAUGCAUUUGUAUUUUCUAUAAAUAUUAUUUAUAGAUAUUUUUAAUUGCUGGCAAAAGUGAAACUCAACAGAUGCUUUCUCUGAAGAGUUUUGUUUUCAAUAGUAACAUUUGCAGUGUUAUUAAAUAGUGCAAUUGCUGUAAGUUGUUACAAAGUCCAAAUACAGGUUGGAGAGACACAUGCACAUGUAUCACUUACUUAAUAUCUAUCCCCAUUGUAAUGUGUAUAUUUUCACCUUGACUUAUAGGUC